GUGUCAGGAAGCUGGAGUGGUAGUUCUUGUUUUCCCCCAGUGACCUAGUCUUGUAUUUACAUUGUGUUUGGCUGGACCCUGGAGAAGUGUCGUUGUCAUGGAUAAGAUUGUCGUUUUUCCUUGGGACAAACUUUUCCACAAUGAAGAACCUGAAUGCCCUAGGAUCGCCUGUUCAAGUCUGAGCGAUGAUGAUACUGUGUAUAAUGAGUCAAGAAAAACGAGUCAGCCCCCUGAGUGUAGCGAGGAGUGCCACAAAUGGUCGAAGAAAAUUCGCAUCAAGAGGAGCGGUAAGGACAAGGCCAAAGAAGCCCUCCGGAAGGACCAAGGUGUCACCAUGGCGGGCCAGACGAGGCCGACGCCCCACAAGCCGUCGAACAAACUCAGCGAGGAGGAGAAUCAGGCGGUCUUCAAGAUGCUCGACCUGCGGUGUCUGGCACAAGCAACGGCUGUGGUGCAGAUGUACGGACGGAGCCACCGCACCAUAGCAGCUGGUACAAGAUCCACUGCGGGGUGGCCACCUUUACCAAAGACAACAUCCGCAAGUCCUUUUUCAUCCAGGUUUACGACUUCGCGACGGGCCAAAGGGUCUUCGAGCAGGAAAUCUACAGGGAGUUUUCUUAUCACGAUUCUAGACGCUCAUUUCCAUCAAUUCGAAUCUGACGCAUCUACUGCUUGGUAUCCCAUUCCAUGUUACUUCGAAAAUCAAGUCUAUUAG